AGGAGCAUGAGGUCUGGAAAGACAGAGCAGAGGAAAGAAUAGGUGGAGGAGCAGGAGAGGGGAUUUAAGUGGCGCAUCUCUGCUCUCAGCAUCCAGGGUCCCUGGACUGUCUUAUGGGUCUCAGUGGGCCGCGGUCCGCGCCAGGUGGACUGGCAGCGGGGCGGCUCCGGACUCUGGCGCAGGUUACGCCGCUGGACGCAGUGACAGAGAAAACCCGCGGCGGCCACUGAGGGACACAACUGACAUUUUUGGCUGUCACAGUGAAGCAGCAUGCCAGCGAUCACUCACACCGACCGCGGGGUGUGAGGAAGAGGGGGAGAGAGGCUAUGGACAUGCAGGGGGAUGACUCGCUGUUGAAGAACCGGACGGUACACGGGCCGGAGCCGAGCCAGGGGGCAGCGCGCCCCGCAUGGACAAUCACGGCGCUGGCGAGCGUGCUGAUCUUCACCACUGUGGUGGAUAUCCUGGGAAACCUGCUGGUUAUCGUGGCUGUGCUUAGGAACCGCAAACUAAGAAAUGCGGGAAAUGUCUUUGUGGUGAGCCUAGCCUUCGCUGACUUGGUGGUUGCAUUCUACCCCUACCCUAUGGUGUUGUACGCCAUCUUCCAUGAUGGCUGGUCACUCGGUGAAACCCAGUGCAAGGUGAGUGGCUUCCUGAUGGGGUUGAGUGUCAUUGGCUCUAUCUUCAACAUAACAGGCAUCGCCAUCAACCGUUACUGUUACAUCUGCCACAGCUUCAGCUACGACAAGCUGUACAGCUACCGCAACACGCUGCUGCUGGUGGCACUCAUCUGGCUGCUGACCGUUGUGGCCAUCGUGCCCAACUUUUUUGUUGGUUCGCUCCAGUACGACGCACGCAUCUACUCAUGCACAUUUGCACAGACAGUCAGCACGUCCUACACCAUCACUGUAGUGGUCAUCCAUUUCUUUGUGCCCAUUGCUGUGGUCACCUUCUGCUACCUGCGUAUCUGGAUCCUGGUCAUCCAGGUAAGGCGGAAGGUAAAGUCAGAGGUCCGCCCUCGCAUCAAGCCCAGCGACCUUAGGAACUUUAUCACCAUGUUUGUGGUGUUCGUGCUGUUUGCUAUUUGUUGGGCACCACUCAACUUCAUCGGGCUCGCUGUUGCUGUCAACCCUGAAGCAGUAGCGCCUCACAUCCCGGAGUGGCUCUUUGUGGUCAGCUACUUCAUGGCUUACUUCAACAGUUGCCUUAAUGCCAUCAUCUAUGGCCUGCUUAACCAGAACUUCCGGAGGGAGUACAAGCGGAUCAUCAUGUCAGUGUGGAUGCCUCACCUCUUCUUCCAGGAGACGUCCCGAGGGGGUACUGAGGGCAUGAAGAGCAAACCCUCGCCAGGGCUCAAUAACAAUGAGCAAGUAAAAGGAGAAACCCUGUGACACUGAUUUCCUCCUCUUUCAUCUCCUCGUCCCUCCUCUUCUGUGUUCACUUGUGCAGUGCCAUUGAUCAGACUUAAAUCUCUACUGUGCCAAAGCAAUGAACUCUGAAAAUACAGAUAGAAUGACCAACAGUGAGCGGGAGAUUAAAAUGAAAAAAGAGAUCAAACAGAGGCAUACUGACUACAAUAGUAAUGUUAGUCAUUCUUUUAAGAGUGCCAUUCAUAAAACCUGAGGCUCAUCAAUUUCAGUUUGCACUGAUUUUAUCUAAAGAAUUUUUUUUUAAUUCAUUUGAAAAACUUAUUGUGAAAUUGAUUGAUUUGAUUAUAUGUUCCCUUCCCUAAAACAUUGCUCAACUUAGUUUACAGUAAAUAACAAUAGAUGAUGGCAAGUACACCUAGAAUAAGUUUCUGCAAUAGAGUGAAGAUAAAAAUGGAGAUAUGUUAGUUAGACGUGGUAUGCUCCUGGGGGUAAAAAAAAAAAAAAAUCAUUGAAUCCAUUGAAUUGUCCCCCUGCAAAAUUUUGCCCCUUAAGGACUAAAAGCCAGAGGUGUGAACUAAAGAUCACAUGACUUGGACUUGAGUUGGACUUGAGUCAUAAAUCUGAUGACUUUAGACUCAACUUGACAAAAUCAAAAAAGACUUGCACCUCGACUUGGACUAAAACACCAGUGACUGGUGACUUCACUUGGACUGAAGCCUUUUGACUUGAAAGUAAUUAAUACUUUUCUAAAGGGCCCAAAGAUUAAAAAGUUUGUUAAAGUCUAAGUCAGUGAACACAUGAUAACUGUUAGAAAAUACAUGCUAAAAGCGUGAAGACUGGGCACUGCCAGUGCUACACUGUGGAGUUUGACAGUUUAACUGUUUUUUUACCACUUCUGUGUCCAGAGCUUUUUGGGCGGGUCUAAAAGCCUGUUCAGUGAUGCACUAAAGCCAUCCCUAACAUAACCCUUCCCCUAUUAUAUAAAUACUACAUUACUACAAACGUUGUCUUAGGGCGCAUUGCACUAGUGUCGUUCUGUUCGCCCACUGUGUGUGAGCGGCAAGUUUGCUAUGUCCCGUGAGCUCUCUGAGCUCAUUUAGUCUAAUAAAUACAUGAAUAAACAUCUCUGUUAAAUGCCUCAGCCAUAUAAACACAAGCUUAACAGCCAUCACUAAUGUACCUUUCAUUCUCUCUGGCCGAAUCAGCUACCCAGCCUGCCAGCAAUUGCUGCUCACUGCUGUGGGCUUUUUCUAACAUUAGCUGUUGUUAGCUGCUUUACAAGAGGCUAUAGCUGCACAGCAGCUCUUGUUCCUCCUAGUUCAUAGGGCAUGUGCUGUGCAAUCAUAGAUUGUCUGUGCUAGUGGCUUAGCUGCUAACAAGAGUCUGUUGCUGCGCAGUGACUCAUACUUCGGCUCGGAGUAGCUUGUAGUAACUUGUAGCUUCCAACAAGUGUCGGUCGUUUCAUUAACUGCUAACAAGAGUCUUUCACUGCACUGCAGCUUUUCAGUGGACACAUCCCCAGCAUCUCAGAGUAGAGAAUACUGCCCAUUUUUUUCACAAUUUUGAAAUCUAAUUUUAUAUACCAUGUAAUUUUUUUCAAUCAUUCAAAUUCAAUUCACACUUCAAAUUGGGCUGGGUGGUUUACACAUUUUUCUGUGGUGUUACAAACUCAUUACAGGUUGGUGAUUGUUGGCAAUAUCACAUACGACAUAAAGUACUUUUUGAAGUAUUUUACAACAUUUAUAUUAUAUAACAAGACUGGACAGAAAUAUACAAAAUUUAUUCUGCAGUGGUACUGGUUAAUGAUGUGAAAGUGCAAAGUCGGCACUAUUAAUGAUUAAGUGAAGUCACACUUGUUUCAGCAAACUUGUUUAACAAAUAAAGACAUUUAAAAAAAACAUUCAUGAUUUUUGCAAAUAUAUCAUUACUCUAUUGUUAAAGAGGUAUAACAUUUGGUGAAGCAUGCAUUUUGACUAUUAAAGACUUGAAACUCAAAGUUUAGGACUUGACUCAGGACUUGUCAGUCUUUAUUUAGGACAUGAUUUGGGAUUUGCCUGUCUUGAUUUGGGAUUUGACUCAGGAGUUCAGACUUACUUGUGACUUGAAAAAUAAUGACUUGGUCCCACCUCUGCCAAAAGCUAGUCAAGUUGUCUAAUAUUAAUUAAUUAUUAAUUAUUAUUAAUAUUUCAGUCCAGAGUGUAACAUCCUGACAAUUACUGGCACACAAAGUGUAAGAGGCAGUGUGACCUUUAUGUAGCAGGGGUAAGACUGCAUUCACACCAAAUCAGGCAUUGUGGUGAUCAGCUGUGGGGUGGUGCAGCGGUGUGGGAGUGUCACUUGAAUAGCCCAGUUGUGGGGAGGUGGAGGGUGAAGACCAACUAUAGAAAGGAAAUCUCCCCAUCUCAGGGACUGAGUACUUGUCUUCAGUAAGUUUGUUUAUGUUGGCUUUAAAGAUUUGUAGAAUUCCUUUUGGUUAUUGUAACUGUAGUAUCUUUACUACCAUAAAAGACGUGUUCUCAUAAACAAAGCAAGCGCUCUCCUUGGAUAUGAGCUGUUAAUACGUACUUUAUUUCACUCGCUAUAAUUUUUCAACGUUGCUGAAAACUGACUUGUUCCUGUGGACUGCUGGCAUUGUCCAGUCUGAUUGCUGGGUAUGUUAUUGGUCACCACAGCAUGAUGUAUAAAAAAUAAAAGAGAGGAAAAGCCCUGGUGCUGAUGGUCUUGAAAGAAAAUUAUUGAAGAGGUGUGUCAGUCAACUCAGUAGUGCCUUCUCAGAUAUUUUUUAAUUGGGUUGUAUUUUUCCAAAAGUUAAUUCUGUUCAGGCCACUGUGUUUUUUGCUUGAUUUAGUGUGAAUGCAACCUAAUGUUGUGAGGGCAUGUGGAUAUCCAGGUGGAUAGGCAUGUAGCAUGUCUGCAGCUCAGACACUGAUGUCAGUAUUGUUAAAAUACAUAACAUAAAAAACAUUUCUUCCUAGUUCUCUAAAAUGCUAUCACUGAAUGUAACCUGUGGUGCACCAGAAUUCAAUAUAACAUUCUUCCGGCCGCAGGGUUGGGACAGUCUUUCACUUCUCUGUAGCGCAGUUUUCAGGACAAACAUUUUUAGUUGCACUAUUGUUAAGAUUCAAAUGGCAAAAUUGUCUGUAUAACCCCAUAUACCUAACCUAAACCUAACCUAACCUAUCUCCUGAAUAGUUCCAGGAACUAAGGAACCCUAGAAACUAAACUCAGGAACUAAAUUAGAAACAAAAGCCUCUUUUGCUCGCUGUUAAAUGGGUGGAAACUAUGCAAACUAGUCAACAUGGCAGAAGACUUGGGUCUAAAACCCGUUUCCACCAAGCAGCCCGGUGCAGUUCAGUUCAGCUCGGCACGCAUCUUUUCC